CUGAACUGUGGGACAGCAGGCUGAACGUGUAUCAGGACAGGGUGCGAAAGGACGUCUCCUGGGAGAAAGUGGCCAGGUCCAUGAGGCGCGUGGAAUGGCAAAAAGCUAAUGGCAGACGUUGGGCAGAUUUAGUGAAACAGACCAAAACCCGGUGGAACAGCUGCCGGGAUCAGUUCCGCCGGGAACUUAAUGAGCGUGGCUGAAGUGGCGAGGGUGGUGCCCGAAAAAGGCCAUAUAUUUAUACGUCACAGUUGGAGUUUCUGAAGUCGGUGAUGGAUUUGAGGCCUACUGUGGACAGCUUGGAAGACGAUCCGGAGGAUUCGGAUGCUGGGGGCAGUGAAACUCCGGCCAUUUUCUCCCCGGAGAGCAGCCCCACCCAUCCCCAGGCUGAGGAGCCACAACAGCCACCUCUGGAGCCGCCAACCCUUUCACAGGGGACCCUGGAUCCAACCCCGCAGCCUCAUCCAAGGCGGAGACGCACUGGCCCUCAGGCUUCCUCGGCGCCAGAUACAAGGGAACAAAUAGAUGCCCGAGUUAUAGAGUUCCUGGCCUCUGGAGUGAGGGCCCGGAAGAAGCCGUGGUGGGGGGGGCUGGGUCCGCUACUCAGGGGCGUCCCUGCCCACCGCUUGAGCCCUUGUGUGGCGGGGAUUGCGAUGCUGAUUGAGCUUUUCUCCUCCCCCUACGAGGAAGAUAUAGUCACAGAAAUAUGCAACGUGAGACGGCGCAUACUUGCAGUACGUGCGCAGCAUGUUGCUGGGCCAAGUCAACCCCAACCCCAUGGCCCGUCUUACCAGGUGGCCCCAGAAGCCAACCGAUCAGCUUCUCAUUUCUUCCCACAGGCUGCCCCCUAUGCCACUGCCCCAGCAGAGGCCUGGCAGUUCGUACCAGCCUGGUCCCUUCACCAGGGAUUUGUUUGA